GGUGCGCAGGGAAGCAGGAAGUGGCUGCUGGGGAUUUCAGCAACUAUAAGGCACGGGGAAUGUCAGCCUCCGCGGUCUUUAUCCUUGACCUUAAAGGCAAGCUCCUAAUAUGUCGAAAUUACAAAGGCGAUGUGGACAUGUCAGAGAUCGAGCACUUCAUCCCCAUUCUAACACAGAGGGAAGACGAAGGAACUCUCUCCCCACUUGUAUCUCACGGCAAAGUUCACUUCUUGUGGAUUAAACACCGAAACCUGUACUUGGUUGCAAUGACAAAGAGAAAUGCAAAUGCCUCUCUCGUGUAUGCGUUCCUGUAUAAAAUUAUCCAGGUCUUCACAGAAUACUUCAAGGAGCUGGAGGAGGAGAGUAUCCGGGACAACUUUGUGAUCAUCUAUGAGCUCCUGGACGAAGUGAUGGACUUUGGGUUCCCCCAGACCACCGAAAGUAAAAUUCUACAGGAGUACAUCACUCAGCAGAGCCAAAAACUGGAAUUGGCUGCCCCACGGCCACCGGCCACCGUCACCAAUGCUGUGUCCUGGAGAUCAGAAGGCAUCAAGUACAAGAAGAACGAGGUCUUCAUUGAUGUCAUCGAAGGUGUCAACGUGUUGGUCAGUGCGAACGGGAAUGUUCUACAGAGCGAGAUAGUCGGCAGCGUGAAACUGAGGGUCUUCCUCUCGGGAAUGCCAGAACUCCGGCUGGGCCUGAACGACAAGGUCCUCUUCGAACUAACUGGGCGAGGCAAAAAUAAAUCGGUGGAACUAGAGGAUGUGAAGUUUCAUCAAUGUGUGAGGCUCUCUCGCUUUGAAAAUGACCGAACAAUCUCCUUCAUCCCACCGGAUGGCGAUUUUGAACUAAUGUCUUAUCGACUGAACAUUCAAGUGAAGCCUCUGAUUUGGAUUGAAUCGGUUAUCGAGAAAUUUUCACAUAGUCGGGUUGAAUACAUGAUCAAGGCCAAAAGUCAGUUCAAGAAGCAGUCUGUCGCCAACAAUGUGGAAAUCAUUAUCCCUGUGCCAAGUGAUGCUGACACGCCCAAGUUCAAGACCAGCGUGGGGAGCGCCAAGUGGGUUCCCGAAAAUAACACAGUGGUGUGGACCAUCAAAUGCUUGCCCGGAGGAAAAGAAUACCUGAUGCGGGCUCACUUUGGCCUGCCGAGCGUGGAGAAUGAGAACAAUGAAGGCAGGCCACCGAUCACCGUGAAAUUCGAGAUCCCUUACUUCACCGUCUCAGGGGUACAGGUGAGGUACAUGAAGAUUAUUGAGAAGAGUGGCUACCAGGCACUCCCCUGGGUCAGAUACAUCACCCAGAGUGGAGAUUACCAACUGCGGACACACUAAAAGUUUUGAUGGAUUCAGGAAACUUCUCCUAAUUUUCCUCUCUCAUUGGUUUGAAUUGGGCUACGUAUUACAGUACUGUUGUGGCGAGUGCCUUAAACAUCUUGUUAACUUUUGUUCUGUUCAGCUAACUGUGCAAUAAUUAAGGACAGACACCUACAGUUUCAGAAGUCUAUCAGCACACGGUCCUCCAAAAUAAACCCCAGGAGAGAAUAUAUCCUUGGAAGACCAUGAUUCAGCAUCAUUUGAGCAAUCUUUUAGUUCUGCACCUGAGAGGGACCCUUAAGCCCUUAAGUUCAAAGUAAAUUUGUUAUCAAAGUACACAUAUGUCGCCAAAUACUUACAGGCAUUCAUUGUAGAACAAAAAAAUACAAUAGUAUGAAUGACAAAAAGAUACACAAAGACUGAAAAACAACCAAUGUGCAAAAUAAGACAAAAAAAGAAUAAAUAAAAAGUAAAUAAAUAAUA